CCUCCGCGCCCUCCGACAGCGGCCUCGUCUUGGCGUCUGCUGCUGCUGCCCGGGGAUGCGCUGAUCUCUCUUGAGCCUUGGCAGCGACAAGUACAUGGAGCGACCGGAGCCGCUCUGGGUGAACAGCAGCUGUUCCAAUGGUUCUUUGUUGACCCUGACUUGUCUGUCUUGGCAGACAGUCUGUCAGGUCAUUGGGAAUGUCAGCCCAACAAUCUCACCUCAAGAAAAUCUUACUUUGGAUGCUGACUGGAUGGUGCAAGUAGAAAACAAAUAUGGUUUCUACAUUGGCUUGGCCCUGGCCAUCUUCUCCAGCUUUCUCAUUGGCAGCAGUGUCAUCCUCAAGAAGAAAGGACUGCUACGGUUAGUGGAGAAAGGAGGCACCCCGGCAGGGGAUGGAGGUCAUGGAUACCUAAAGGACUGGCUGUGGUGGGCUGGUUUACUCACCAUGGGUGGAGGAGAAGCUGCCAACUUUGCUGCGUAUGCCUUUGCACCUGCAACCAUUGUUACUCCUCUUGGAUCACUGAGCGUGCUCAUAAGUUCCAUUUUGUCUUCAUACCUGCUCGGAGAGCGACUCAAUCUAUUGGGGAAACUAGGUUGCAUGCUGAGCAUUGUGGGCAGCACAGUGCUUGUGAUUCAUGCUCCUGAGGAAGAGGAAGUCACCACUCUGAAUGAAAUGUCUUCUAAACUAAAAGAGCCAGGUUUCCUUGUUUAUGCUGGCAUUCUGUUGGUGAUCUGCCUGGUUCUGAUUUUCUUUGUGGCACCCCGUUGUGGCCAAACCAAUAUUCUCAUCUACCUCACCAUCUGUUCUGUGAUCGGGGCUUUCACAGUGUCUUCAGUCAAAGGGCUGGGUAUUGCCAUCAAGGGCUUUUUUGCUCACCGGCCUGUAUUGCAAAAUCCACUGACCUGGAUCCUUGUUCUUACUUUAGUGGCUUCUAUCAUCACCCAAAUCAACUACCUCAAUAAAUCUCUGGACAUUUUCAACACCUCCAUGGUCUUCCCCAUCUACUAUGUAUUAUUUACCACCAUAGUCAUCACUACUUCAGUUAUUCUCUUUAAAGAAUGGGUUGCUAUGUCUGUGACGGACAUUAUCGGGACAGUGUGUGGAUUCCUCACCAUUAUUUUAGGAGUGUUUUUACUUCAUGUCUUCAAAGAUGUGGAUCUCAGUGUGAGGACCCUGCCACAAAUACUUCAGAAUACUGACCAGACCCAGGUAAUCAAGGAUGACAAGAAUAUCCUGAUAGAGCUCGAUAAUUCUGGCAUUCCAGUUGACAGCAAACCCAAAGUAUUCAUGAUAUAUAGCUGAAACCCAAAAUAAUUAAUCCUCUAGCUUCAGAGACUCGGAGCAGACUAUUUGUAGAUAUGCAUGUACAUGCAAGACUUUGCAUCAAAUUAAGCUUGACCAUAUAUAUAUAUAUAUUCUGAAAAAGACAACCUCUUUGAACACAAUGAAUAAGUGCCUUCACCAUCUUUCUGCUUAGUGAUCUGUUUGUUCUUUAACUUUGGCCUUCCACUUUACAUUAUUUUCUUUGUAUAGAAUUGUCAUGGAUGAUAUUAUGCAUGUGCCAAGCCAGCAGACAGGUCUUUACUGGCCAUUUGAAGAAAUUUGGUUUCUGGCCCAAUGGCUGAAGCUGCUACUACAGUCCUGUACAAGACAUCUAAAAAUAUGCAACCCAUAAAAUGCCACCUCAAGUGCAUAAGAGCAGAAGUAGAUGGAAGAAAUUAUUUCCUCUGAGAUCAUCUAAAGUAUCCCUAACAGCAUGAAGAAAAAAUGUUUUGCAGGCAAUACCUGGGCUCUAAUAGACCAAGGGGAUGAUUAUAUUCCGAACUCCAUGACGCCUCAACAAAAGCUGUUAUACCCUGUGCUGAAAGUGUGAUGGAAAAUAUAUGACAAUUCUUUUUUGAAAAGCUAUGUCAGAGAGAGGCUAUGCUAGAAUUGACACUGUAGCUUCAUGUUAUUAUCUGGAAGUUCUUCCUGUGAGGAAGAAUUCAGUCAUGUGAUCCUCUGUUCUUUGUAGUGACACAAUCCCAGUAGGACUAGACCAUGUGUGUGUUUUCAUCCUGUGUAGAUUUUACAAGCUAAUAUUCUGUAUAUGUUCACCAAAUCCAUUUGGGCUUCUGCCACUCUAAAUAGUAUUUGCUUCAAUUUUUUUGAGUUAGCAUAUUAAUGGUGCCAUUCCACA